AAAGAAAAAGGCUUACCACACCAACGAAUUUAUGAAGGGAUAGGAUAGAAUAGAAGAAAGUGCAGAGAGCAAAAGUUUGAGUAUUUCCACUAAACCCAAAAAAAUGGCUUCACUCUCCACACUAACACCAACAUCAACUUCCCUCUCUUUCUUCUCUUCUUCAAUCUUUAUCUCAAAUCCUUCAACAACCCUAACUCACUCCAAAUUCAAAUUCUGCACAAAUUCAAAUUCAAAUUCACAUUCAACUUCUCUUUCUGUCUCUUGCAAACUCGCUACCCUUCCACUCCUCUCCUUUUCCGGCGACAAAAUCGGCGACUUCUCCCUAGAUCUCAAAACUGCUCCUCCAGACACCUCCCGCGCCGUCGUCCACCGUGCCAUUGUCCACGACCUACAAAACAAGCGUCGCGGCACCGCUUCCACUCUAACCCGCGGCGAAGUCAGAGGCGGAGGACGAAAACCCUACGGUCAAAAGAAGACCGGCCGUGCACGUCAGGGUUCCACCCGUACUCCGCUCCGUCCUGGUGGAGGAGUCAUUUUCGGUCCGAAACCACGCGAUUGGAGCAUUAAAAUCAACAAAAAAGAGAAAAAGCUUGCAAUUUCGACUGCGGUGGCGAGCGCAGCCGUGAACACCGUCGUGGUGGAGGAAUUUGCAGGGGAGUUCGAGGAGAAGCCGAAGACGAAGGAUUUCAUUGCGGCGAUGAAGCGGUGGGGAUUGGAACCGAAUGAGAAGGUUACUUUUCUGAUGACGGAGGUUUCGGAGAAAGUGUUGAUGGCGAGUAGGAACAUUAGGUCGUUGAAGAUAUUGACGCCGAGGACGUUGAAUUUGUUUGAUAUUUUAAAUGCUGAUAAGAUUGUGCUUACACCUGCUGCUGUCGAUUAUUUGAAUAACAGAUAUGGUGAUAGUUACCAAGACGAUGAUGACUAUGUCGAUGGAGAAGAAGAGGAAGUAGUGGAUGGCGAAGAAGGACCUGACACAGAAGAAAGCGCCGAUGUUGUGAAUUGAGGAUUUGAAGUUUUCUUUGCACUGUUGUAUCAUUUUAUAGAGGGUAUUGCUGAUAUGGGGUAUUGAAGGUUUUAAAUCUUCAUUUGUACCAACUUAUUGUUUAUUUUUUUUUCUUUUCCAUUCCAUCACAUAGAAUCCUAAUCCUGGUAGCCUGUAAGGAUAUUUAUCUUUUCCCCACUUACAAUCAUAUUCUGUUGUAACCUACCUAGUAAUUUGUUGAAUCAAUUUUGUUGCUUGUAGUCUCAUUUGUGCAAAUGCAUGUAUAUGGAUAAGUCAAUUGUUUCGUUUGAAUCAA